AUGGCCCCAUCUGGGGUUAAACCUGGUGUUAUCAAGGACCCUGCCGUUGCUGCCCUUUUUAGUCAUAAGGACCCAGAAUCCCGAUAUGAUGACCUUAGGGAAAUUGGGCACGGAUCCUUUGGAGCUGUGUAUUUUGCUUAUGACAAAGAGACUAGCGAAACGGUUGCUAUCAAAAAGAUGGCUUAUUCUGGAAAGCAAGCCGGUGAGAAGUGGACGGAUAUUUUGAAAGAGGUUGCAGUUGCCUUUCUUAAUAAAGUCAAGCACCCUCAUAUUGUCGAGUAUAAGGCGUGUUUCCUGAAAGAACAAACUUGUUGGCUUAUAAUGGAAUACUGUAUUGGAUCCGCAGCAGACAUAGUUGACGUUUUGCGUCAAGGCCUACGAGAGAUUGAAAUUUCGGCCAUAUGCAGUGAAACACUUUCUGCAUUGCAUUAUCUUCAUCAACUGCACCUUAUACACAGGGAUAUUAAGGCAGGAAAUAUCUUACUGUCAGAUUCCGGCCGCGUCAAGUUGGCCGAUUUUGGUUCUGCUUCGAUGUCGGAUCCUGCGCAAACGUUUAUUGGUACACCGUUCUUUAUGGCACCUGAAGUGAUUCUUGCAAUGGACGAGGGUCAUUAUACAGAAAAGGCAGAUAUAUGGUCACUUGGAAUCACUUGUAUUGAAUUAGCUGAACGACGACCACCUUUAUUCAAUAUGAAUGCUAUGUCUGCUUUAUAUCACAUUGCACAAAAUGACCCACCAAAGUUAGCAACCGUGACGAGGGAAAACCAACCAGACUGGUUUGUCAAGUCUGAUUGUUUCAAAGACUUUGUUGAUAUCUGUUUGCGGAAAGAAGCAGAAGAGCGGCCAGAUACGGGAGCGUUAUUAAAUGUAUUUCGUUUAAGUCUAUUGCUAGCGCCUCUCUACAUAUUUAAAACGCUCAUAUAUUAUUUGCAGUUUAUUGUUGAUCUUGCGGGUUCUUUUCAGCACGGAUUUAUCGCACAAUCCAAUCAUAAUGGAGUGAUUCAAGAGUUGAUAACAAGGACUAAAGCCAUAGUUUUGGAACUGGAUAAUUUUCAAUACAAAAAGAUGCGCAAGCUUAUGUAUCUCGAUGAGGUGGACAACAAAGAGGGAGAAAAUGCCCAGGGUAUAUCUUUUAUUAUCACUAUUGAUUUGUUAUUUUAUGGUGAUGAUAUGGCGACACUAAAGAAAUCGAAGUUCUCCACGUUGCGUUCGGCGAAGUUGAUCUCUCGUGAGCAAGAAGAAUACAACAAAGAAAAUAAUAUGUAUGAGCAGAUGAAUGGAUAUAAACGUCUUCGUCAAAUGCAUCAUAAGGAGAUACAGCAGCUGGAAGAACGUUGCGCGGCCGACAUCGAGCUCCUUCGCGUUAAGCUUGAUAAAGAACUCGACCAACUUGUAUCUGGAUACGCUAAGGAGAGAAUGCGAUUCAAAACAGCGCAUCAAAGUGAAUUAGAAAAAAAGAAGAAGGAGAUUGAUGAGGGUGAAAAGAAGUUGCGAAAACAAAUUUUAAGUCUGAAGGAACGUGGCUUGACUCGAUCUGCUUAUGAAAUGGCGUUGAAGGAUAUAAAAGCACAACUGACAAGGAAAAGAGCGAAUGCCGAAGCGGCUUUUGAAAUAAAACUUCGAGCUGAACUCGAGUCAGAGGUGGUGAAAUACCGUCGAUCCCAACUACUUAUGCUUCACAGUACCGAAAAGCGUUUGGAUGAAGAAGAUCUAAAUGUGCUGGAACGUCAAAUGGAUAAUCGCCAGGCAAUGCUGCUUCGUCACCAUGAAGCUACUAAAGAUAUUGAAGUGGCUCAACUGAAGGAGAUCCAGACAAUGAAAAAGCGACAUCAGAUCAUACAACAUGAUGCAGAAUCGACUAACCAGACUGAGUACACGAGGAGGAAAACCGAUGACCUGAGAAAACGACAUGCUAUACAGAGUAGACAACAGCCGAGGGAGCUUAAGUUGAAAGAAGCCCAAAUUCGCAAGCAGUUUCGACAAGCUGUUAAAACUCAAGCGAGGCAGUUCAAGCUCUACCAGACGCAAUUAAUGCAAGCUACUCCUAAAGAAGAACACAAGGAGAUCUCAAUUCAAUUGAAAGAGAAGCAGAAGCGUCGAAUUGCAUUACUUACAUCUCAGUACGAAUAUCAGAUUGAAAGCAUGGUUCAAGAGAAGACUGGAAAACUAGAAUCAUGGCAAGAAGAGGAGGCUCGAUCGUUGCAUGAACGGCUAGCUAAAGAGUUGGAUGAAUUAAAAGAGUAUCAGGCUAAACAACGAGCACAGUUGGAGAACACUAUUGACAAGGAGCUCAUUGCGUUAGAUGAAAGAAUCGCUUUGCGGCGAGCAAUGCUUGAGCAGAGAUUCAAAGAAGAACGUGAGGAUAUGCAGAAGCAACGCGAAACGCAUAGCCGUGUUAUCGCAGAACGACAUGCUGCAGAAGAAUUACAACUACCCAAUGCAGUUAGUAACUCAUCUCAGACGACUGCGUUGUAG